UAAAGCAUUAAGAAUUUAAUUGGUACUAAUCUAUGUAUAUACGUAUGUUUGUAUGAAUAUUUCCAUCAAAAAAUAUUGUGAAUCUUGUGUGUUAAUUACUGCAAACAGCAGACGAAAUGUAUAGCAUAUGUACUUAUAUGUACCAGGAAUUACAUAUGCGCUUUGACUUUUACAUACGUAUGUAUUUAUGUACAUACUACGUCUCCGUCAUGCACAUACAUAUCUAUAUACAUACAGUUUGUGAUUUAUGUAUGUCUCAUUCUUUCAAGAUAAUUCGAUUAAUUCGAAAAAAAAUAAAAUUACCAUUAUUAAUUAAGUAGUAAAGAAUAUCUGAACUAAUCUUGUUGUAAGCAUUUUAAAAUUUGGUGAAAGUAUAAUCUUCAGGAUGAAGUCCUGGACGCAAUGCAUUUAUGUCACUUGCGUGUUCACGUUUCUUUUAAAUAUUCAUAUCAUGACUGUUCAGUCGGACUCUAACUCCAAGGAGGAGGACGACGAUUGGUCAUCGUGGGACGAGGAUGAAGAUAUCACAGAAAAGCCAAAUCUUAAACGAUGGAAUCGACAAGGACUUUGUGAUCAUGACGCCAUGACUUCCGUCAUUUUACGCAUAAUUUUGGAUAUUCGAGACAGCAUGAAAACUGGUGAUCCAACGCUUGGCGUUCCUCCCCUGGAUCCAGUCGGUAUUCCUAAAAUUCAAAUUGAGCAGACCGGAAUAAAGCACAAAUUUGGGAUAAAGGCUGACUUAACAAAUGUUGUCGUUCGUGAGCUGUCAAAAUUCACAAUCCUCGACAUUCAAAGUAAUCUUAUAGAGCUGGAGGCAAACUUUUCUUUGCAAAUUGAUACAAUGACGAUUCAUGGUGACUACAAUUUACGAGGAAUUGUUAGAUCUCCCAUGCCGCUUCCAAUAUUCGGCAAUGGUAAAUUUCUCCUGGCUCCGAAACAAGCAAAAAUCGCUGUAUUUUCGAAAUUUGGAUAUAAAGACGGAAUAUUGGAACUGUUAUCGUUUGAUUUUGACAUCAAACUUCUUGACCUAUUUGUAAAAUUUGAUGGAAUUUGGGGUGCUGGGAGAAAUCUUAAUGCGAUAGUGAAUUCAUUUGGGCUGAAAGCUUUUAAUAAAAUGGAGCCAACAAUUCAUGAAAAAGUUCGACAACGAGGGCUUCACGAAAUCAACAAGAUUCUCAUCGAUUUGAAAUAUGACGAGGAAUUUGUAAUGGAAUUGCUGAACAUACCACUACGUUGUUAUUUUGGGUGACUCUAAAUAUGCGUCGGGCAAGUAUGUAUUUGUAUUUGAAGUAACUUUUUUACUUUGAUAAUUUUAUGAAUAAUAAUUCUACUUUUACUUAUAAAGCAAAUUUAUUUAUAUUCUCGUACAUUGUAUGUCACUCAUUUGGCUUUACUUUAAUGUCAAUCAAAUCCCGAUAAACCAUGUUAAACGCUAAGAAUGAGUUGGUGUGUGUACACUUGGUUACUGCGAUUUAAUGUAAUUUUUAAUUAACUCACAAUUAAUGUUGCAUUAUUUUCUUAACGUGACAUAAGUUUAAUUUAGACGCCUAUUUGCAAAUAUUUUUGUAUCCAACGUCAUAUUGGACGUAAUUUUCCAUAUGCACCUCGGAGAAAUAAACAUUAUAGACGACCCAUUUGCAUGUAAAGGUCAAUAGGUAGAAAGUUUUAAAAUUUUAGAAACACAGUAUGGGCACCUUAUAUUUGUGAGCUGGUGCUAAUGUUUUUUACCAUUUCUUCCUAUUUACAUGUCUCAAAAGGAUUGCCUACACGCCCUGAAAUAUUUUAUUUAAGGUUGGUUUAAGUGCUGACUGCUUACUAUAGCUUUCAUAUAUAUGUAUAUAUACAUACAUCCAGCUCGAGGAAGUAUGUAUGUAAAUGGUAAAAAAUUGAAAAAUAUAUCUCUAUUAUGAAAUGACUUUUAGCUAGACUUAAAUCGAAUGUCUAAAAAUGAGGCAAAUUAUUCAUUCGAGAAAUAGGAAUUUUUGUAAAUUUGCAUAUUUUUAAAUGCCAUUAUAACCUAAACUGCAUUUUAUAUAUUCCAUUAUGAAAUAUAGGGUUCGAUACUCGAAUUAUACAAUAUUCAAUAUAUUUACUAAAUAUACUUUAAUCAUUUCAUUAGAUAUUUACACACAGGUUUAUACCAUGUGCGAAUGCACUGUGUAACACACACUGUGUAUUGGUUUCAAGUACUUGUCACUUGUGGACCACAAGUUGUGGUAUGUUUUCUGUGCUUUAUGUACUUGACUAAAACUAAAAGACAUGAAUAAUAUAAUUCUACCACAAAUUUUUUCUAAUGGAUGUUGCACAAAUGGCCAAAGUCAAACUCAAGGUGACACGCUAUAUGUACAUACAUAUGCAUGUGUGUAUUAGUAUUACAUACAUUGACGUCCACAGAUCUACAGCCUGUGAUUUCAUAUUUCAUUAUUUAUUGAGGGCCAAUCUUUGGAGAACAAUUUGCUCAGCAAAUUUUAAAAUGUCUGCCAAAGUUUUGGGAAUCCUUCUUUUUGAUGAAGUUGAAGUGUUAGACUUUUGUGGACCGUUUGAAGUAUUUUCAAUUACAGGAACUCUGCUUGAAAAUUCGUUCGAAGUUGUGACAUUGGCUCAAAAGUCCCCAGUCACUGCAAGAAAUGGACUCGCAGUGUUACCAAACUAUGUAAUUGGACAGGACCAAGAUAUUCCUAAAUUGGACAUUUUAAUCGUUCCAGGAGGAAUGGGGACUGUGACUGAGGCGAAAAAUGAAUCACUAAUAUCUUGGAUAAAAUCAGUAUCAGCUUCUGCAGAAUUUGUGCUCUCGGUCUGCACAGGAGUCCAAUUAUUAGGAAAGGCAGGUCUACUUGACGGAAUGACGGUGACAACCCAUCACCUCUGCUUCGAAUUGGUUCGUCCAGAUUGUCCUACCACGACUAAAUUUUGCAAAUGCAGGAGAUUCGUUGACAACGACAAAGUUCUCACUUCGGCAGGAAUUUCUGCUGGAAUUGACUUGUCGUUUCAUCUUGUCAAGAAACUCCACGGUCUCGACUCCGCCAGUAAAGUUGCCAAGUAUAUGGAGUACGAUUGGAAAGAUGUGGAUGUUCAAAAAUGUAUUUGUCAACUGGAUUGAUGACAACAUUGAUUCUUGAAACUUACACAAACAUGCCACUUGACGAGUUUACUUGUAAAGCAAAUAUAAAUACGUACGUGCAUCUAAUAUACAUGAAUACAUGUACAAAUAAAAAGAGAAUGACUCGCAC